AUGGACUCACAGAACAUCUACUACGACAGCUUCACGGCUUCCACGGGAGAGAACGGCUACGACGGGACGCUGGAGAUGUGUCAGAGCCGCUCCUCUUCGAACCCGCAGAGUCCGGGCUUCGCCUUCAGCGAUACGAAUGCUUGUACCAUCUACAUGAACAAUGGUCAGGUACCAAUUGGUUUCGAAGUUCCACUCUCUGGCAUGGUCACCACGAACUAUGGCAGUGGCCCGAUUAACAAAGCGUCUGGACACUUUGGCAGUUCUUGCUACCGGAAACUCACCACCACGACAACGACCUCAAGCACGGAAAGCGUGGCAAGCUCCUCCAGUUCGACGUCGGCGGCAUCCGCCACGACCACCACCACUGCCACAGCUGCUCCAGGCUUCAUCUCCAGCAGCUACUCGGAGACCACGGACGCUUACUGCUCCAACGCCAUGGAGGACGGCCCCUCCAUACUUUCCCGCUACGACUCCUUCGAAAGCUGCUGGGAAUACUGCGCGGCAGAGUCCACGUGUGCUGCAUGCUUCCAGCCCUGCUUAGACGGAACGGGAGGUGGAUGCAACGGUGCCCAAGGCUGCCAAUUUCUGGCCGUGAGUCUGUGCUCUGCAAAGACGGCCGAUGGCUGCGGAGCUAGAAUAUGGAGACGAUAUGGAAGUGCGGGCGAUCCCAUGCUUGCGGUGCGCAUUGUGCUCAUUGUGGUGGGCGCGCUGGUCUUCCUAGGUCUGAUUACAGCAUACUGCUACUGGAAGCGGCGGCGUGCCGCAACACAACGGCCACUCAUUCCGCCAAAGGCGGUGUCGCCGGCGGCGGGUGGCCCUCCUGCUGACACUGUUGGCGUGCCUGCUGCGACGGCCAAGGCCCUGACCCGGGCCAAGAGCAUCGCUCUCUCCAGCGAGGAGGGCCAGGCGAUGGACUCGGCCACGAAGGAGUCCCUACCCAGAUAUUGGGGCCACGCCAGGGAAAGCACAGACUUCAAUGCCAUGCUCUACAGCAGCGACGACCAGCUGGAGCAAUUUACGGAGCUUUUGAACCACACCUACCGGGCGCGGUGUACGCAAGACAGGCCUUGCCCAAAGGGAUCCUGCUCCAAGACCCCGGGCGGCUGCCCUUGCGUCCAGCCAGAUGGGGACCCAGGCCUCCCCGCAAGCUACGUGGUGCGCCGCGUCAUCCGCGUGGAGGACUCGAGGAUGUGGAAGCGCUUCAUGACGAAGCGGGACCAGAUUCGACGUAGCAGGGGCGCCAUUGAGGUGGUAGAGCCGCAGGUGUGUACGUCAGGACUGGUGAAGGAGCAGCCGGGAACCUUCAUGCCACUGGAUGAGGGCCUCAACGAGUUUUACUUGUGGCAUGGCACUCACGUUCGGGCAGCCCUGUCCAUCGCGCACGAAGACUUCCGCAUUGACAUGGCCGGCUCGAAUGCGGGCACGAUGUACGGCAAAGGCUGCUACUUGGCGGAGAACUGCACCAAAGCUGACGAGUACGCACGGGACGAGCCACAUGGCUACUACGAGGGCGUCUUUGCCCUGCUGCUCUGUCGCGUCUGCAUGGGGAAGUUCCUCUAUACCACGGAUCGCUACGAAGCGGCAGGCGACAAGGUGCGGUCCGGGGAGUUUGACAGCACGGUGGGUGACAGGACCAAGAAGGCCAACACGUUCAGAGAGUUCGUCGUGUACCAUGCCGACCAGGUGUAUCCAGAGUACGUCAUCCUCUACUCGCGGCGCCCCCGAGCCGUGGCCCUGGAGACCUUCAAGUUCGAGCUGGGGAGCCUCUCAUUGCACGCCGAGCUUCCCGUGUACUGGCAGCACUGCCACGUGAACCCGGGCGUCAACGCCUUCGAGGCGCAGUACGCCGUUCGUGCAACCUCCCGGAUGCUUCUCCAGCAGCUGGCGCAGGCGUGCUUCCCAGGUGGAGCGGGUGGCAGUGGCUAUAUCAAGGUGGUCUCUGCUCGGCGCAUCGAGAUGUCCAGCAUGUGGAACCGCUAUGUGCAGUUCAAGCGCAGGCUUCGCCAGGAGUUGGAGGCCUCCGGCCUCGCUUCCUUUGCCUCUGCAGAGCUCUUGGAGGGCAAGGCGAUCCGCGGGGAGAUCUUGACCUACAGCUACCUGAAGAACUUGACCGGCAAAGGAGUGCAGGCGACUGGUACGAUCUCCAUUGAUACCCUGGACGACAACAUUCAGGAGCACUUGCUCUGGCAUGGAACGUCUCGAGCAUCAGCAGAAGCCAUAGUCUCCGCGGACUUCCGCAUUCCAAAGGAUGCCAAACACGGCUUUCGCUUUGGAAGUGGCUUGUACUUUGCAGAAGACAUCGGGAAAAGUCUGAGCUACGUGGCUUGGCUGCACGUGGACCCGUGUGAUCGAUGGCUGAAGUUUGCUUCGCUGCAGCCACAGACCAUGUUCAUCCCCUGCGUGGCGCCGUCGCGCGACCGCAAAAGGCGCAGUCUCAAUUGGUGUUGA